AAAGAAAAGAAAGCGCAGAACAGAAAGUGGUAAUGCAAUGUAUGUAUUAAUAUUAUAGCAGUAAAGGGUACGCGUCAACUGAACCAACAAAUAUUUGGUUGAUUCAGACUCUUUCUUCCUCCAAACGCGCCAUUCCUUCUUCUGUCUCUCAUUCGGCGGAUACAUACGUACCUAACCUAAUCCUAAACCCAAACCAAACUCAGUUUCAUCUUAUAUCACACGCGCUCACACUCGCUCUCUCCUACACCAUGCUGCGUCUGUGCUACGCCCCUUUCGAUUGUUGCUUCCGACGACCAAGGGCCGCCGCCGACGCCCUUCUCUGGCAUACCGACUUGAAGCCUCACGCUUCCGGCGACUUCUCCAUCGCCGUCGCUCAAGCCAAUUACAGCCUCGAAGAUCAGAGCCAAGUCUUCACCUCCCCCUCCGCCACUUACGUCGGAGUCUACGACGGCCACGGCGGCCCCGAAGCUUCUAGAUUCGUCAACAAGCGUCUCUUCCCUUAUUUGCAGAAAUUUGCCACCGAACAAGGGGGGUUAUCGGUGGAGGUGAUAAAGAAGGCGUUUAGUGCCACAGAGGAGGAAUUCUUGCAUUUGGUGAAGCUAUCGUUGCCUAUUAGUCCUCAGAUUGCUUCCGUGGGAUCCUGUUGCCUUCUUGGUGCAAUUUCUAAUAAUGUGUUGUAUGUAGCCAAUCUUGGAGACUCGAGAGCUGUUCUUGGCAGGAGGGAUACAGAGAGCAAAAAUUGUCCGGUGGUGGCAGAGCGCUUGUCCACCGAUCAUAAUGUAGCUGAUGAGGAGGUAAGGAGAGAAGUUGAAGCUCUCCAUCCUGAUGAUUCACACAUUGUGGUUUAUAGCCGCGGAGUCUGGAGGAUUAAGGGCAUCAUACAGGUGUCAAGAUCUAUUGGUGAUGUGUAUUUGAAGAAACCUGAUUUUUACCGAGACCCAGUUUUUCAGCAACUUGGAAAUCCUGUUCCUUUGAAGCGUCCUGUAAUGACUGCUGAACCAUCAAUCAUUAUUAGGGAGCUUGAGUCAGAGGAUUUAUUCUUGAUAUUUGCAUCAGAUGGCCUCUGGGAACAACUAAGUGAUGAAGCAGCCGUUCAGAUAGUUUUCAAAUAUCCAAGAGCUGGAAUUGCCAAGAGACUAGUGAGAGCUGCUCUUCAGGAAGCUGCAAAGAAGAGAGAGAUGAGAUACGAUGACAUAAAGAAAAUUGACAAAGGAAUAAGACGACACUUCCAUGAUGAUAUCACUGUAAUUGUUAUCUAUCUUGAUCACCAGGUGGCCUCCUCUAAUAAUAGAUUUAAGCAAACUGCUGUUGGCUAUACAACUGCCCCUGUUGAUAUUUUUUCUCUAAAUGUGGAUGAAGCAGAAAAGAGUAUGCUUGGUACAGUUGCCUAAAGAGUGAAAUUGCUUCAAAGAAUCAUACACUGACAUUAUUUGGGGUGAAAAUUAUUUAUAGGUGAAGAUUAAUACUGUUGGUAAAUGAAGGGGAUUCUCGAGAAAGCAUACAAAUUACUGCGUAGGUAUAUGGUAGCUGGGAGUUGCUGACAGAUUCUUUCUGGUGCAGAUAUGCAUAUGUAUAGUUGUGAAGCCUCUCUGUUUUUUUUUUUUUUUUUUUUGGCGUUUGAUGAUAUCAAUUUUGUUUUCUUUGGAAAGAUAAAUAAAAUUUGUAUUGAUUGGUUAGCCAUGGUAUUUGUCUCCCAAUAAUGUCCGUCAUGAAUAAUUAGUACCAGGUGAACCAGAUGGUUAUGG